ACAAAGAAGGUUUGCUAAACAGUUGGACUUGAAGGUUCUUUCCUAGGGGCCAGGACUUAAGUUUGCCUCCAAUAUGGAAGACGUGGACUGGGAGGCUUACGGCUUGGAAGAUCUCUUUGGUGAAAAUUACAGUUACAGCACAGACCUGCCCUUCAUUCCAGAAGGCUCUGCCCCAUGCAGGCCAGAAUCUCUGGAAAUCAACAAGUAUGCAGUGGUGGUCAUCUACGCCCUGGUCUUCGUGCUGAGCCUGCUGGGAAACUCCCUAGUGAUACUGGUUGUCCUAUACAGUCGGCUCAGCCAGUCUGUCACCGACGUCUACCUGCUGAACUUGGCCAUAGCCGACCUGCUCUUCGCCCUGACCUUGCCUAUCUGGGCUGCCUCCAAGGCGAAAGGCUGGAUCUUUGGCACACCCCUGUGCAAGGUGGUCUCGCUCCUGAAGGAAGUCAACUUCUACAGUGGUAUCCUACUGCUGGCCUGCAUCAGCAUGGACCGCUACCUGGCCAUCGUCCAUGCCACGCGCACGCUGACCCAGAAGCGGCACUGGGUCAAGUUCAUAUGCUUAGGCAUCUGGGCGCUGUCCCUGAUGCUGUCCCUGCCCAUCUUCGUCUUCCGCAGGGCCAUCAAUCCCCCCUACUCCAGCCCGGUCUGCUACGAGGACAUGGGCGCCAAUACCACGAGACUGCGGAUAGUGAUGCGGGCCCUGCCCCAGACCUUCGGCUUCCUCGUGCCCUUGGCGGUCAUGCUGUUCUGCUAUGGGCUCACCCUGCGCACGCUGUUCCAGGCCCACAUGGGGCAGAAGCACCGGGCCAUGCGGGUCAUCUUCGCCGUCGUGCUCGUCUUCCUGCUCUGCUGGCUGCCCUACAACCUGGUCCUGGUCGCAGACACCCUCAUGAGGCUCCGGGUGAUCGGGGAGACGUGCGAGCGCCGCAACGACAUCGGCCGCGCCCUGGACGCCACCGAGAUUCUGGGCUUCCUCCACAGCUGCCUCAAUCCCUUCAUCUACGCCUUCAUCGGCCAGAAGUUUCGCCACGGACUCCUCAAGAUCAUGGCCUUCCACGGGCUCAUCAGCAAGGAGCAUUUGUCCAAGGACGGCAGGCCUUCCUUUGUUGGCUCUUCUUCAGCAAACACUUCUACCACCUUCUGAGCCCCUGGGCCCUGCUGGAGCGCCUCGGGGCACCUCCCUCGCCGUCAGCAUCCCAUCCCGAGCCUCAUGUCCACUGGUUGUUUCCAGUCUCUGUGUCAAGGCAGCUCCCAGCUGUGGUUACAGGAAGCUACUGGGGCCACGUCCUUUUCAGGCCCAUUGGACGGUUUAGAAAGCCUGCCCUCGUUCCCCGCACCUCCCUAUACGUCCUAUGCCAGCUGCUAGAGCUCAGUCCAUCCUAGCACUGAGCUCAAGCACUCUGGUGUCCGGGGCAGUUAAAGACAUUCGAAAGGCAUCCUUUCAGGGGACGACAGAAAGUUCCUACCGUUAGUGUUAGCCACUAGUGGCAAACAGCAGUGGUUGCUUUCCCGACUCUCCCUUUCUUGCUUGCUGGCAAAGCCCACCUCCCUUGAGGGAGGCCGAGAAGGACAGACACUCACUUUCCCAGACUCCCUUAGCUAGGAGUGGCCCUGUCAUCCACUUCUGACUAGUAAGGUUUCAGGGCAAUAGUGUGCUGGUGAAAAGAAGUCCAGGUUUGUAGCAUUUACCAAGUUGCCUGGGGCAAAUGCUGCCACCACAGCGAUGUCAAAAGUUUUCAUGUGCUUAGCAACUAGGUCACAAAAAUUUAAGAAAUGUAAUGGGCUGCUUUCACAAGCAGGUACAAACUGGCUUCAGGGCACCAUUGCUUAAGAGGAAGUCUGCUGGGUCCAGGGACUCCUGGGAAGUAUUCCUGAUUUAAAAAGAGAGAGAGACACACACACACACCCACGUAUCCUUGGUUCUUGCCUUUAUGGUUCUUCCCAGUAUGGUUGUGGGAUAUGAUGUGACAAAGAGGCAAAAAUUGUGUUCAACACACUUAGGCAGAUGGAGUGGAUGAGAACAAAGAGCCCAGAAAAAGACCCAAGUAUAAAUGGUCAAUGAUUUUCAACAAGGGUUACCAAGACUAUUCAAUGGGAGAAAGGAUAGUUAUUCAACACAUGGUGCUGGGCAAACCAGUUAUCCACAUGCUCAGGAAUGAACCUAGUCCCUUUCCUCAUACCAUAUACAAAAGUUAACUCAAAAUGGAUCAUAACCUACACAGGAGAGCUUCAACUAUAAGUGUUUAUUAGAAACAUAGAAGAAGAGUUUUAUAACAUUGGAUUUGGCAGUGAUUCCUUGGAUAUGACACCCAAAGCACAGGCAAGAAAUGAAUAAGUAGAUAAUUGGAUUUCCCCAAUGUUAAAAACUUUGCACGUCCAAGGACAUGAUCAAGAGAGUGGAAAGGAAAAUCAUAGGAUGGGAGAAAAUAUUUUUGAAUCAAAUUUUAUACAGUUUACUCUCCACGAUACAAAUAAUUCUUACAAUUCAACAUCAAUGACAACAACAACAAAGACAGAUAAUAACAAGUGUCAGCAACGAUAUGGAAAAAGUGGUGGGACCCUGGUGCACCGUUGGUGGAAAAGUAAAGUGGUGCAGCCGCCAUGGAAAACAGCACCUCAAAAGAUGAAACAGAACCACUGUAUGAUCUGGCACUUCCACGUCUAAGUGUACAGUGAAAGCAGUGACCUGAGAGCAGAGACUCAAACAGUACACUAAUGUUCAUGGCAGCAUCAUUCACAGCUGCCAAAAAGUGACAAUCACGCAAUGCCAAUCAGUGGAUGACGGACCAAAAAAUGUGGGGUACGCAGGCGACGGAAUAUGGUUCCGUCUUAAAAAUGAACGAGUCUCUGGGAUAUGCUACAACAGGGAUGAACCCCGAAAACAUGAUAUGAAGUGGAAGAAGCCGGGCAAAAAUAGUGUAUGAUUCCACUUUUUAGAAGUACCUACAAUAGUCAAGCUCAUAGAGACAAGAAGUCCAACAGUGGUUACCAGGUCCAGGCAGAGGAGAAAGUAGGAAGUAGUUGUUUAAUGGGUACACAGUUCAGUUGGGGGCGAUGGAAAGUUUCUGGAGAUGGAUAGUGGUGAUAGGGGUAGGACAGUGGGAAUGUGCUUAAUCCCACUAAACAGUACACUUAAAACUGGUAAAAAAAAAAAAAAGUGGUCAAUUUUAUGUUGUGUGUAUCUUCCUGGAAAGGAAAAAAAAACAACAACUAGUUCCCAAACAACAAAUUUCAGCAA